CUUCCUGCAACAACUUCUAUGAAACUUCAGUGCCACGUAUGGAGCCAACUGGUUCUAUGAAGUUGCAAAUCAGUUCUUAACUAUAAACUAUUUAUUCGUUUAACGGAACAGAGCGCCCUUCUUGCACAAUGUUGCUGGCUGUCCUAAGUUGGUUGUGUACCUCUCUCUUGGUCUCCGUCCGCGGCGGUAAACUGCCCGAGGCCGAGGUGAAUAUAGAGGUUUUGCACAGACCUUUCCUCUGUCAUCGAAAAUCAAAGUAUGGAGACAUUCUCCUAGUGCAUCACGAGGGAUAUUUCCAAAACGGUACAAUGUUUCACUCAAGUUAUACUGAAGGGGACAAGCAGGCGGUGUGGUUCACACUGGGCAUCCGAGAAGUGAUUAUUGGUUGGGAUAAAGGCCUGCAGGAUAUGUGCAGUGGAGAGAAGAGACGACUGACCGUGCCCCCAUCCCUCGCCUAUGGAAAGGAGGGCAGAGGGAAGAUCCCACCUGAGAGCACCCUGACCUUUGUCAUCGAGGUCAUGGAGAUCCGCAACGGGCCCAGGUCCCACGAGUCCUUCCAGGAGAUGGACCUCAACGAUGACUGGAAGCUCUCCAAAGAGGAGGUGAAGGAAUACCUGCGCAAGGAGUUCCAGCGCCACGGCUACCCCCCCAACGACACCCAUCACGAGAGCAUGGUCGAGGACAUCUUCGUGAAGGAGGACGAGAACAAGGAUGGCUUCAUAUCCUCCCGAGAGUUCACCUACAAGCACGAUGAACUUUAAAACACAUUCCACGCCGUAGCUCUCUUACUCACUCCUGUGUUGUACCUCAGUUUUGCGUGUUUGCUGUGACAUCUGAUUGUGAACGUUUGGGUGGAUGUUGUUGAAGAUAAUGGGUGUCAAAUAAUUGCACCAUCAGUUCAUGUCCUUGUUUAGCAUGCAUUUGGUGUAGGAAACAAUCAAAUUGAUGUCUCUCGAACUGUUUAAUAUCCAUUCGGUAAACCUGAAACAGAAUUGUUAAACAUGCAGUAUUUUGUUAUUUCUAUAAAACCCAGAACAUCUUUGGUCGUAAAACAAUUUCAGUUACAGUUCAUUUUUUCACAUACAAUAUUAUACAUGUACAAGGUGCAAUGCAUUUCCUAGCCAUGCUUGACACACUGUAAGAGCUCCAAAUAACUGUGAUCUCUGAUACUAUGGACCAAAUGCCUUGUUACACCAAAAAAAUCUUUGAUGGUCCACCAAACCUUCUUAUGACUAAAAUAUUCUAGAUUGCUCUAGAUAAUUCAUAAUAUUUCUGACCAAUAAACUACUACACUUUG